CUUACAAACCGUGGAGUUCAGAUCCUAGCAGCAUUUUUCUUUUGCUGAAUAUCUUCUUCAUCAAGGAUGUGGUUAAGCUCCAGUUCAUUGGGUCUGUACAUGGGCGCGAAGCGACACUGCAGUCAAAAAAAGAAUUAGAGGAAAUUAUCUGAGUGGGAAUGGGAAGUCUCCAGAUGUCUUGAAAACUACAGGAGCUGAUAUAAAAUGCAGCAUACCUCCUGUACAGAGGAUCGUAUCCACCACGCCUUGGAGAGAUGUUUGCAUGGUCUCGACAGAAGCGCCUCUUCUAAUUGGAAGGCUGGGCUCUGUGUGAACCGUUGGAGCCUGGAAGAACUUGUAAGCAGAGAUCCCCAGAGCUUCUUAAUCUUGAUUGAAAAGAUUUUGCUCAAAACUAAAGAGGUGCAAGAGAUGUGUCAAUAUGAAUUAUUGGUGCCACUGGCUUUAAUGUUUUAUUCUUCAGCAUUGCAAACACCAUAUUUCCCUCCAGAAUCUAACCUGCUACAAAAUGCAUACAGCAUCUACCACAGUCUCAUGACUUGGCCUCUACCUUAUUGUCACAUUUGCAAGGAGCUUCUAUCGUUUAUUAAUGAUGAAAUGAAGACACCAGGAAUCUCAUUCCAGAGGUUGGUGAGAGCUGAACAAGGAUUAACAACGAAAAAUCUUCAAAAUAAAACACUAACAGUCCUUCUGCUUAAUUCCUCUGAAGUAUCCAGUGACUUUAUGUCAGUCGCCAAGAAGAUAAGCAGCAAGCGUCAGUCCCCAGGAGAUUCUUACAUCACCCUGAUUAAGCACAUGUACCAGGCAGUUUUUGGUGCUAAGUACAACUUGAAUGAUAUUCAAAGUGCCCUUGAGUGUAAAACUGAAAGUGAACUCUUAGAGAUUUUUUCAAACUGUUCUGAUACUAUGGAAAUUGCAGCUACUAUGAAGGACAUUGCCAAAGCCAAAGAACAUUUAGCGGCCAAAUUAGAGGAGUUUAAGGAAAGAUAUGAGCUUCUCGCAAAAUCAGCCCAGAAUGGGAUGGCUAAACUGCAAACAAUUCCACUGCCAGUUGCAAAUUGCUACAGCUAUCACUGGGACCAGGACAACUUUGAUAUUUUAAAGGAAGUUCUCCAGAAAGAGUGUGAGGUUCCUGAUAGUGUCUUACUUCCUUUGCACAACAAAAAUAUUGAAGUUGAGGAAGACAACAAUGUUGAGGAAGAGGAUGAUGCAAUUGAAAAUUAUAUGGACAGUGGUUAUGUAGAAGAUGGAGAUGAAAGCUCAUCCGAAACAACAGGAAUGUCAGAGCAGAAAGACGAAAAGCAAAGUACUGUGGGAAAUAAAUUGGCAAAAAAGCUAACGAACUUCUUCAAAACCAGAAAUUCCCUGACACAUAAAGCCGAUCCAAAAUACAGUUUAAACAAUUCUUACUCAAAUCUUUGUAAAGGGAUACCUGUGUCAGGCACCCUACCUCUUCGUCGAGCAGAAAGUUUGGGCUGCACUGAAGUGAAAUCCAAACCUCCAAUGAAGUCCAGGCGCUCAAACUCUCUGCCACAGCAUGCAAGCUACAAUUUCCAGUCAGAAAGGUAUUUACAACAGCCGACAUACUUCAAACGCCGGCCAUAUCUCAGCUUUGAGGACGAUUGUAAAACCAUGACACUGCGGGUUGUUGUAUUUGGUACUGACAGGAUUUUAGGAAAAGUUGCAAGAGCCUACAGCAACCUUAGAUUACAAGAAAGCAAAACACCCUUUUUAACAAAAUACUUCAAGAUGCAAUUCUUUCACAUUCCUCUCAAAAGAAAUUCAAUCAGCAGCCCUGUACAGAACAUAAACUCACCCUCAGACAGUCAACAAAAAACAUUAAUGCAAAUGGAUUUCAGCUCACUUGAGCCUGCAGAAGAAGACAGCACCAAUAACAUUGCCCAAUACAUCGGCAUGUUGGAUUCUUGGUAUGAGCGAAAUGUUCUAGAUUUACUGACCUUGCCAACAACUCUUCUUUGCCAGGAGCCUUCGAAGCCGGAGAAUUGUCCAUCUGAAAGGGUGCCAGAAACACUUCCCAUCAUGGCUGACCUCAUCCUUUACUAUUGUCGAAAUGCUACUUACCCAGUGUUAAUCCAGCUCUACCAAGCAGAGUUAACUCUGGCUGGAGGAGAGAAGAGAUCUGAAGUGUUUGUGUAUUCCCUUGAGCUUGGACAAUCAGCAGCUACAAGAGCAAUUAAGGCUUCAGGACCCGGAUGUAAAAGACUUGGAAUCGAUGAUGACAGAGAAGCAGUACCAUUAGCACUGCAGAUUACUUAUUGCAAGGCAACAGUCAGCAGAAGAAACCAAUGGAACAAUGUGGAAAAAAACUGCACAUCUGUAAAUCUAAGCAAGGCUUGUCAGAAAUAUGAUGAGCUAGAAUCUAAUACAGAGUACCUUCAUCUGUCCAUGACUGAGGUGGUAAAGCGUCAGAACUCAAAAUCCAAAAAAAGUUAUAAUCAGCAAAUAAAUGUAACACAGAUCAAAAUUGACAAGGUACAGAUAGUCGGAGUUAAUAAUACCACAUUUGCAGUUUGUCUGGACCAAGAUGAGAAAAAAGUUAUUCAAAGCGUAACCAGAUGUGAGGUUUCUGUAUGUUACAAGCCUGAAGACAGGUUGCCACAGAAACUGAACAAAAAAUCUUCAUUCCAGAAGUUGCAUCGUACAUCAAAGUCCUACUCACUUCUCUGCCUUCCAAUUAUAACCUUCAGUGGAGCUUUACCUUAGGGAUGGUAGAUAAUGACUUAUUAUCUCUACUGACCAAAAAUACUGCCAAAACAAUGGACUUGAUUUUAUAUUUUGUUCUGGCACUAUUACAAUUAUUUAUUAGGCCAUAAAAAGGCACUACCAAUUGAAAUUGAACUCCAACUGGUAGAAGUGGUUUAGCAUAAGCUGUUUAAUAGCCAUUGCAAAUGAGGCUGCUUGCAAAGGAAGAAAGAACGUGGUUCCUUGAUAAGUUGUGGCUAUUUGUUCCAGUACUAUUUCAGAAAAUGAAACUUUAAGUGCCAUAGCAGAGGCCAGCUUAUGCUUCAACUUAAAUGCAAAGUAACUCAUUCAGUUUUCAUAUUGAUGAACUGAAGCAAAUGGUGCAUCCAGAGGUCAAAAGGUCAAUUGAAUAAUUUAGCUAAUUUAGAAUUAGAUGAGGAUAAGAAUUUGGUGCAGAGGGAAAAAAAGGUGCUUCUUUUCAUUUUUAACACUUUAAGCAUUUAGAAGAUAAAACGAAGUUCUAUAGAGAAAGCUUAAAGGUAAAUAUUGAAAGAUUUAAAUAAUGCAAAAAUAAAAGGUUACAUUUCACAAAUCACAAGGUUUACCAUCAGCUUCCACUGAAAUGAGGUAAAUUUCUGCAAGAUGAUACUUCAAGACCAUAGUUGAUGAUAGGUUGUCGAAUAAAAUGGAUUUAUCAGUCCCUUUUCAAGUAAACAUUAAGAAAAUUACUAGGUAUAAAAAUUCGUAGGUAUAGACAUCACAGCUGUACACAAUACUCCAGUUGACGUCUCACUAUAGUUCUCUCGACAAUGGUAGCAAUUUCUUCUCACUUUUGUGCUCUAACACGCUUACAAAAUUGCUCAGUCACUGUUACCCCUUCUUGAGCUUCUUGCUCCUCUUCCAAAUAUGUUUCAGCUCAGCUCCCACAUUCUUGCACUAACUGCAUAUCCAUACAUCAUUAAAUACUGGAAAAUAAAUGGAGGAGGGAAUAUACAAGUAAACUGAAGACGUGUAUUAAAACAUUAAAUGAUGAAUUAUUCCAAAAUUAAUUGGCUGGAACAAAUGAUUACUUGUAUAAAGGAAAUUACUCCCUGAAAUAUGUAGACGACUCCUUUUGAACUCAGAAUUUUGAUCAACAAAAAUGGAAGACUUUAUUAUUGAAUUGAAUAAUUAAUGAAAUAGAUGUUUAGAUAGUAAUUCGAAGAAUUGAAGUAUAAAUAAAGAUGAGGUGGUGAAUUGGGCAAAAUUUGAUUGUGAGGUGUUUAGAUUAAAAGUUGAAAAAGUGCAAAGGAUGAAGUAGUAACAAAAGCAUACUAAACAACAUGCCAAAAGCAAACCUAUACACUGCAUGUAUAAGGGCAGAAAGGAAAAUAACUGAAGGUAAGAAAGAUAGAUAGCCGUGUAAAAGAGCAAGAGAGAUCUUGUCAGUGAUUAGAUUCAGUGAGAAGUCAGCAAAAAUAAUAAGCUGACCAUGAGGAUCUUUGGAUUAAAUUAUCAAAGGACAUAAACUGGUAAAAAUUAAAUGUAGCACAUACAUUUAAAAUUAGCCUAAUGGAGAAAGAUUCAAAUUAAUUAGGAUAGUAUGAUGGGGAAAGACAGCAGAAUGGCAGGAAUAUUAAAUGAUUACUUGGGUUCAGUAUUGACCCAAGGGACAGAUCACGUUGUCAAGUCUUCAGAAGGCAAGGUUAGAAUUAAUAUAAUUACAUUGAAUCCAAAAGGACUAAUAAUAUUAAAUGAAAUAAUCAAAGUAAAAGUGAAAAAUCCUUCAAUCCAGAGCAUAUCUUAAAAGAAAAGUUAGAUGAGAUGUCAGAUAAUACUUGAUUUUAAAAUAGAUGAUUGCUGGAAAGCAGGCAGAUAGCUAACACCGUCUGCAUAUCUGAAAGGAGAUGGAGCUUCUGGAGGGAACAGAGAUCAGUAAAGGAAGCAUAUAAUUCCACUAAAAUAAAUAAAAAAAUAGAAAGAUACUUGUGAAAUAAAUAUUCCUAUAAUCAAGGGACCGCAUGGAUUUCAUGAAAGAAUUCUGGUCUUAUCAAUCUCAAUGAAUUCUUCAACUAGCUGAGAGACGGGAUACUUAAAGGUGGUGUAAUUAAUCUAACAUAGUGUAUGAAGAUUUCCCAAAGGGCUUCUAGCUACUUUAUAAUACAUUGAAGUAUAAGGUCAGUGCAUCUAUAUUAGAUUUUGAUAUUAAAAAUUUGUUAUAAAAUUUGUGGAUGACACCAUGUGUCAGUAACUGCAGUGGUUGUGAACUAGGGAACAGGAGUUUGGUUUUGAGUGAUGACUUUGAAGAGAUAAUGAUAAUUAAAGGGUUAAUUCAUAAAUUUGCUGACUAGGAAUAUGAAUUAGUAAGUUAAUCACAACACAGUUAAUAAGAUGAAUGAGAAGUUUACAACUUAUUUGGUAAAACUGUACUCAUCGAAGGUGGUGAAUCUUUGUAACCUGGGAGAAUAAAUAAAAAAAUUGCUAAACAUAGCAAAAAUGUUAUUAGAUUCAUUAAAAGUAUCAAACCAAGCACUACUUUUUUGUGUCUCAAUGGAUAUCACUGAAAGGUAGAAAAGUUAGGCUCAGCUUGUAUCAAACCUUUGUGAGACUUCACCUGGAGUAUUGUACACAGAUGUGAUCUCUAAAUACAUUCAUGGAAGGAUGCAAAGGAUGAAUAAAUGUAAAGUUAUCAUCAGAAUCAGUUUAAUAUCACUGGCAUAGGUCGUGAAAUGUGUUGUUUUGCGGCAGCAAUAUAUUGAAAUAAUAAUAAUAAUAAAACUAUCAAUUACAUUAAGAAGUGUAUAUAGAAAAAUUAAAUUGUAAUGCAAAAAGAGAGCAGAAAAAUAGUGAAGUAGUGUUCGUGGGUUCAUUGUCCAUUCAGAAACCUAAUGGCAGAGGGGAAGAAGCUGUUCCUGAAAACUUGAGCGUGUCUAAAUGCCUCUGCACCACCUCCUUGAUGGUGGCAAUGAGAAGCGGGCACGUCCUGGGUGAUGGGGGUCCUCAAUGAUGGAUUCUGCCUUUUUGAGGCCUCGUCUUUUGAAGGUAUCCAUGAUGCUGGAGUCCAGUGUCUAUGCUGGAGCUGGCUAAGUUUACAACUUUCUGCAACUUUUUCCGAUCUGGUGCAGUGUCCUCUCUAUACCAGAUGGUGAUGCAACCAGUUAAAAUACUGUCCACAGUACAUCUGCAGAAACUAGCGGGAGUCUUUGGUGACCUCCUCCAAUUCCCAAUGGAAUAUAGCACUGUCAUGCCUUCUUUGUAACUGCAUCAAUAUAUUGGGCUCAGGAUACAUUUUCAGAGAUGUCGACACCCAGGGACUUAAAACUGAUCACCCUUUCCACUGCUGAUCCUUCGACUUCCCCCUUCCUGAAGCCCAUAAUCAAUUCCUUGGUCUUACUGACAUUGAAUUCAAGCUUGUUGUUGUGAUACCACUCAACGUUCAACUCAAGAUCUAUCUCACUCCUGUACGCUGCUUCGUCAUCACCUGAAACUCUGCCAGCAACUGUUGUGUCAUCGGCAAAUUUAUAGUUGGCAUUUGAGCUGUGCCUAGCCUCACAGUCGUGGGUGUAGACAGGGUAGAACAGUGGGCUAAUCACACAUUCUUGAGAAGCACUGAUGUUGAUUGUCAUUGAGGAGGAGAUGUUAUUUAUGUUUCGCACUGACUGUGUCUCCUGGUGAGGAAGUCAAGGAUCCAGUUGCAGGGGGAGGUAUAGAAGCCUUGGAUUUGGAGCUUGUUGAAUAGAAUUGAGGGUAUGAUUGUGUUGAAAGCUGAACUGCAAAUUGCAAAAUGCAGACUGAUAUAGGUAUAGAUGUUGUCCAUGUGGUCCAAGCCCAAGUAGAGAGCCAGCGAGAUUGCAUUGACCUAUUGUGGUGAUAGGUGAUAGGGUCCAGGUUCUUGUUUAGGCAGAAGUUGAUUCCAGCUAUGACCAAGUGCAUGAAGCAUUUCAUCACUUUAGAUGUGAGUGCAACUGGUCAAUAGUCAUUGAUGCACCUCACUCUGUUCUUCUCGGAUACUGAUUUGAUUGUUGCUCUUUUUUGGCAAGUGGGAACCUCCAUUGCAGCUGUGAAAGAUCAAAGAUGUCCUUGAACAUUCCUGCCCAGUUGGUUGACAUAGGUUUUUGGUACCCAACCUGGUACACCAUCAUGUAAGGGUUCACCCUCUUAAAAGCUGUUCCAAUAUCGGCCCCCGAGGUCAAAGAUCACAAGGUCACUAGGUGCUGCAAGGACUCUCACAGAUGUAGUUUUAUUCUCCCUUUCAAAGCAUGCUUAAAAGAUAUUCAGUUCAUCUGUGAGUGAAGCAUCACUGCCAUUCAAGAUGUUAGAUAUUGUUUGUAGGAAGUAAUAGCCUGCAAGCCCUGCCUGAGCUGAUUUGCAGCUGAUUCUGUUUCUAACUUCAGUUGGAUCAUGAUAGAUCAAGCAUUCUGGAUCUCCCUUCAAAUGAAAGCUGAAGUGAGACCGUCCAGCGGUCUUUAACAUUUCUAGGUAGCAAAAUCAGGGAUGCACUAUUCUAACAAACAAAAUCUUCCCUUGCCUCUAAAGCUUGUAUCUUCCUCCAAUUCUUUUCUCUCAUAAUUUGCGUUAUGUCAACUGAUUGUAUCAGAAUUUAUCAAAUUGUUCCGUGCACAUUUUGAAUAUGAAUGUUACUCUAGAUGAUUUUCAUAUAGUAAGUUUUAACCUGGUAUUUGGAGGUUCAGAAAGAUUAAACAUGAUGGAAUUGUGGCCAGGUUGAUUGUUGUCUACUGCCAAUCCAAUCUGAAAGCAGACUGGGGAAAAUUCCUGACUGUGUUAAACAAAUCUGACCUCUUUUAGAUUAACCACUUUCAUUUGAUGUUUGUAAAUAGAAUAUUAUAAGCCAGUGUGGCAUGACGUGUCUAUUCCUGUCUUGGCAGAGAUAAUAUAACAUGUGCAAUAAUAUGUCCUGACUUCUUACUGGUUCUGACUUCCUGCUGGUUUUCCCCAGAAGCUGCAGAGAAUGCAUUGGCAGUUUAUUACUUCCCCUUAUUGAAGGGCUGUACAUAAAAUGUCCAGUGAUUCAGAUGAAUUGCACUGCUUUGUGAUACCUGAUUGCACACUAAACUGUAAAUAUUUGUAUAAUUAAGGUACACUAUACAAUACAUUUCUGCAGCAUGAUUUGAUAAUACUUAUUAAA